AAAAAAAUUCAAAGCCUUUUUAUUCCACAGUAUUUACCUUUCUUUCAUCUACUCGCGACACAUUAUAUCAAGGAGCAACUAGGUUGGCGAAUAUAAAAAUGAUUUACGACACGAAUUCUACUCAGUACCAGCAAUUCCUAAAGUCCAGCGGUCGCCGCCGCGACGACUACGGUAAGGUCAAGGGCUCCAUUAUCAGUAAGCAGACUGCGAAACCAGCUGGUGCCGCAAGCACAGGAUUGUAAGACACAAUGCUGAGUAUGAAAUGGGUAUAGUUUGAUGGGGAACGUACAUUAAUAAUAUAUAAUAAUAGAGUCGAAUUGUUAAAUGACCUAUGGAUGAUUUUCACGAGUGUUGUUCCAUCUAAAUGCGCAUGGUAAUUAAAAA